GGUGGACGACGACGAGCGACACCCGGGGGACAGGGGGUAGCGGUCGCGCGAGCGGUUCUCUCCCGGAGCGCCACACCGCCUCAGGCGUCGACGUCGAAAGCCGGGAGCGCGUCCACGCCAUCUUCGAACGAAGAGGGAGGUGACGGGAGCGGAAGAUAAACAAAACGGAAAGCACCCCCCGGAGGCGGCCGGAAAAAAAAAAAGGCGCGGGCAAAGAACCUUUUUGGUAGACGUCGCCGCGGGCCGACCGCGCGGAACUGAUGCUCGCGGGCUGACGGAUUGGAAGCUGUCGGGUUGCCGCCCUCCGUGCAAGAGGACCAGGGGGUCUGCUCAACGCCCGGCGCUCGUUAGGCAGUUAUUGUCCCCCGGGGACCAGGCGGCGACCUCCGCGCGCGCCGGCCGCAGCCCCGCCGGGAGACAGUCGAACAUCGCCCGCGGAGGGAGACGCACGCACGGGAGAGCAGGCGUCUUUAGGGCUCGCGUGGGGGCGGUCCAGUCACCAGGGGGCUGGGACGGCAGGUCAGUCGCGCGGACACGCGGUGGACAUGGACUCCUGUCCGGGUCCGGGCGGCUCGUGACGUCUGCCGGCGCGAUGAAGCACCGCCGCGACCGCGGGUCUCUUCUGUGCUCGCCCCGGCUCAGCCCGCUCGCCGACAGCCCUGGGGCGUCCUCCGGGUCGUGCGACUCGAUCCUGGCCGGCGACCUCAUGGCGCCGGCCAGCAACCACAACAACAACAACAACAACAACCACCUGCCACACCGCAACCACCACCACAAGCGCAAGGCCUCGCCGUCGUCGCACGAGGACACGGAUGGAGACGCGCUGUCGCCGCGCAAGCGCGCCUCGCAGCUGCCCUUCGCCCUGCUGGACGACGACCCUGGAGGCUCCGAGCUCGACUCGGAGGGCGUGGUGGAGGACCUGUCCGAGGACCGGCUGACGGGGCACGGCGCCAUAGCGUCCAUCGGCUCCGUGUCGGCCGGCACGGGCGGCUCCUCCCCCUUCGGCGCGGCCCCUCACCACCACCACCACCACCACCGCGGCAGCAACGGCGCCGGCCAGGGCGGCGGCGGCGGGGGCGGCAUGACGCCCGCCUCGCACCACCACUCGGUGGCCGCCACCGACUUCCAGCCGCCCUACUUCCCGCCGCCCUUCCCGCCGCCGGCCACGCACCACCACCACCAGGCCACGUCCCCGGCGGCGGCGCAGGGCCACCCCCAGCUGGACUACCUGAGCUCCGUGACCGCCGCCGCCGCCCCCUACUCGCAGACGCUCAGCUCGCUGCACCAGACGGCGGCGCACCACUACAACCAGCUGUCGGCGGCGCACGACGUGCUCAGGCGGGGCGACGCCGACCUGCACGUGACCAACAUGCACGCGUCCUUCCCCUACGAGAGCCGGGGCGCGGCGCGCGACUACGGCGGCAUGAGGCGUCCCGACGCCCUCAUCCAGGCGCACCCGGGGCUGGACUCGCAGGACCCGCUCACUCUGCACGGCGCGCUGUCCGCCGUCGACGACAACCAGAAUACGAACGUCGAAGACAGCGGCGCGUUUAUCAACGACCUGCCGCUGUUAAAAAGUGGCGCGGGGCGACGCGGCGGUAACGCUAAGGGCUUGCUGUUGUCAGGGGCGUCGGCGCCGUCGGACGUGUUCUGCAGCGUGCCCGGCCGCCUGUCGCUGCUGUCCUCCACGUCCAAGUACAAGGUGACGGUGGGCGAGGUGCAGCGGCGCCUGUCGCCGCCCGAGUGCCUCAACGCGUCGCUGCUGGGCGGCGUGCUCAGGAGGGCCAAGUCCAAGAAUGGCGGCCGCCUGCUCAGAGAGAAGCUGGAGAAGAUCGGCCUGAACCUGCCGGCGGGGCGGCGGAAGGCAGCCAACGUGACCCUGCUGACCUCUCUGGUUGAAGGGGAGGCGAUCCACCUGGCCAGGGACUUCGGCUACGUGUGCGAGACGGAGUUCCCGGCGCGGCAGGUGGCCGAGUACCUGAGCAGACAGCACACGGACCCCUCCGAGUCGUACCGCCGCAAGGAGCUGAUACACGCCACCAAGCAAGUCACCAAAGAGCUGAUGGACCUGCUGAACCAGGACCGGUCCCCGCUGUGCAACACCAGGCCGCAGCACAUCCUGGACCCCAGCAUCCAGCGGCACCUCACGCACUUCUCGCUCAUCUCGCACGGCUUCGGCAGUCCCGCCAUCGUGGCGGCCCUCACCGCCAUCCAGAACUUCCUGACGGAGUCGCUGAAGCACUUGGAGAAGAUGUACCCGUCGGGCAACGGCGGCGCACACGUCGCGGUGACGACGGCGCAGCAGGGGGCGGGGCCCAUGGACUCGAAGCCCAAGGACCUGGGCGACCUGAAGAAGUGAGGCUGGCUGCGGUGGGUCGCGGGCCCCGGGGGCGAGUCGGGAGCCGCCCGCCCGCUGGCGACCUCCAUCCGCCACUCCUGGCCGUGCGACUAGCGGCCGGGCCGGGCUGGGCUCUCCCCCCCCCCCUCCACCCUCGCGCGCGAUCCCGCCGCCGACUGGACUCCGUGUGCGUCAGUUCACCUGUCGUCGUCCGUUCUUUUUUAUUUCUAAACAUCUGCGUGUCUUUCUCAUACCUGCAUGGUCGCCAGACAAGAGACAUCCAUCGUAAUGAACAUUGAAACUGGCGUUUUUUAAAAAAAAAAUCAGUAUUGUGAUUUGCAACUGCACAAACUUUGGUGUUUUUUUUUAUUUUAUUUUUAUCGGCGGAAGCUGUUCUCGAGAGUUAAGAAGGCGCAAAGAAGUGGAACACGGGGAUGCAACAGGAAGGCGACUUCCGAAACCAAAUGUGUUAUUCUGAUAUUAUUUACUUUUUAAUUUACAGCAUUUUUUUUUAUACGUACUAUGCAAUGAAAUUAUCUUGCAAAAAAAAACUGAGUAUGAACUAAAUUAUGCUAUUAAUACUAUAAUACUGUUGACAUUCGUUAGUAAAUUGCAUAAAGAGGUGGUAGUAAAAUGUACCUGUUUCAAGUUGAGAUACAAAGCAAUUUUGCUGUAUUUUCUAAGUCAUAAAAAAGGCAAUCAAACCUGAACUCACUUUCACGUCCACAUUGGCAAGAUGUCACAUAAAAUUUUGCACAAAAUUUUUUAUUUGAAGGUUUAUUAAUUAAUGUAUAAUUUAAAAGAAAAAAUUUUAAUUUUCACUCAUGUGUGCAAUCAAGAUCUAAAUUUCGUGAACCAUUACUACUCUCUUAGGGUGACACAGUUCAAAAUAAAACAGCUCACAACAACAAUGUUCAAUUACUGAAGGAAAGUGAAAAAAAUUUAUUCAGCUAUUUGUUAGCAGUUUCCAUGGUAGGUUUGAGUACAUAUUCUUUCAUUCAAACAUACUGAAAAUAUUAUCAUCUUCCUUUACACGAUGGAGGAUUAAUACAAAUGGUAAAUAUUCAUUUAUUUUAAUGUCCGAGUUAUUUAAAAUAUACAAUGUUAUUAAUUUGAAUUUAUUGUAAGUUGGAUAUAAUUGUCACUUCUUUUCAAAAAUACAAUUUUUUUUUUUGAUUGGAGAAAAAUGGGGUGAAUAUUUCUGUGCAUUCUUCAAUAAAUGAUAGUGAAAGAUAAACAACAUUAACAAUUUUAUUUUGGGAUCUAGCCAGCUGAGAUGUAUUGGACAAAUGUAAUUUGUCGAUGGGAAGUGAUAAUUCUCUGAACGUCUCUCCUCUUAGUAUAAAAUAAUGUCAAGUAUUUAUCUAGCUCUUACUAUUCUUCAUUUUCUGUUGAAAUGUGAAUGCAGUAAUUGCUCUGCUGUUCCCAUAAAGCAUAUCUGGGGGAAAAUAUCAGCAGUUUUGUAAUUUGUAAAUAUUACUAAUCCUUGGAAGUGUGAUCUAGAAGACAGAGCUCUUGCUAUACAUCGGUAUUGCGACGGUGACAUCAGGCGAACAGAGUACUGUAAUUCCCUACUGUGUGCCGCAUGGAGGCAAAUACAACGUGAAAACAAAAGUUUUGUAAGUUGGAUUUUGAUUUUGUCGACACACAGUAAAUAAUACUCAGUUUCAACAUGCUUUAUUUUAUUAAAUGUUCAAAUGGUAAGCAUAAUUCAUUAUGCAUGUUUUACUUGAAAGAAAAAAAAAACACUGCCAAUCUAAAAACAAAAAUUUACAUUUGAGUUAUUUGUGUACGUACAUUAAGUUCCUGGGCUUAAACUACACAUUUUCAGACUUAAAUUUUGGUAGCUGAUGAUAAAAUGUUUUCCUGUUCUGAGUUUUAAUUUGUUGUCUUAUGCUGUAAUAUAUUAAAAAUAAUUCAAUAUGUCUAUUGUGUCAAAUUUCCUUAUAUACAAUUAUCAUGUUUCGUAUGGAGAAGUAAAUAAGUAUACAAUUAUAAAUAUUAUGUAAACUUGAUAAAAGAAUAAAUUUUGUGAUGUUUGAAAACUCAAACUAAACUCAAUUUUAUUAUUAAAAUUAUUUGUUAUUUUAAAUAAAUCAAGCAUGUUAUGAUAUAAAAAUAUCAAAUGUUGCAACAAGCAUGUUUAUUCAUCAAUUUCAAGCCUCCGUGUGUAUGUGUGUGCAUGUGUUUUUUUGUAAAACUCUUACAGAUAUGGCCACCCAAAAGUGGUAAAUAAAAAUGAGGAAUUUCGUCAUUGUAAAUAAGUAAAAGCGGUAUAAAAUUUCUUUAAAAAAAAACUGUAUGGAUACGUUAAAUAUCAUAAUAAAAAUUACAGGCAA